CUGAAACAGCUGUUCCAAAUUUGUUUGCGAACCAAAGCCGAAAUGUUGAGCGACGAGGAUAAUUUGGGAAUUUACGACGAUUUGGACGAGUUCCAGCAAGCCGAAGAUCAUAAAUCCAAAGAGUUGCUGGCAUGGGAAGUCAAACACAGGAACGCGCUGACCGAAAUCGAGGACCUGAAGGCGCGAAACAAGGCUUUGGAAAAGAAAAUAAAGACCAUGGAAGUCAACCUACAGAAUCUGUUGGACACAGCGAAGUCGGAGGUGAAGAGAAAGGAGGUGCUGAUAAGUCAGCUGCGGAAGGAGAAAGACGACAUAUGCUUUCGGCGAAAGCGGGGCCGUGAAGUCGAUGAACCAGCGGAGAAAGAACCCGAAAAAAAGUGCCUAAAAACGGCCUCCAAAAUGGAUCCAGAAGUGAAAAAGAACCCAUUCAAAGCCGACUCAAAAAACAACAGAAAUCCGGUCGGAAAGCGGAGAUCUCGAAGCAAGUCUCCCAGAUCAAGAUCCAAGAUCCCAGAUCAUAGGCUAGAGACCCGGCACAAGUCCAGAGAACGUCGGCGUAGUCAAAGUCCAAGGCAUUCAAGCCGGCAAGAGGAGCACCGGAGCCGUGGGAGUAGCUCCCGCCGUAGAAGCCGCUCCCCUGUGUCCAGAGCACAGAUAUCGGGAUCCAAGUCACAGAAAAUGUCAUCUCUUAACGGCGAGGACACAACAAGUGGGGGCCGGGAGAGUAAGAAUAGGCAGCACCAUGAAAAGGUAAAACAAAUUCGAGAUAUCGCCGGCCUAUUGACACCCACUGAACUCUAUAAGCCAGAAAUGGCAACGAUGAAAACCCAGGACCUACGAAUGAAAUGUGCCGUCACAUCUGUCGAUGGCUACUUUCAAGGAAAUGAAACGAAUAACCCAACCAAUGAUAUCAGCCGAAGCACUGGUGCAUUUCUCCCGAAAGAAGAGUUUGUUCCCGGGUUGGACAUGAUUUGCGAACCAGCAGCUCACAAACAAGAAUCACCUGCCGGCCAGUCUCGUUCCGAGGCACCUGAAAUGAAUCAAACAAACAAUAUAUUGACACAAGGAUCGGUCGCCGGCGAUCCGUUGCUAGUUCAGAACCGAAGCGAUAAUCCCGAUAAAAAUGCCCAAGCCGACGAGCUUGUGCAGGUGGAUGUAACUGCAACUGAGUUCAGCAAGCCAGCAAUAGAGUCGUCGACGAGAAACACAAACAACGAACGUACUGGCGAAGAGGGUACGGACAACGAUGCAGAAAAGUCUGAACUGAAUCAUUCAUUAAAUAAAUUAACUAAAAAUCAGAGCACGGUCCAAGCAGAAGUAAAUGCUGAGCUAUUGGUUGCUUCCGGCACAGCUCAAAGGGACGAAAAUAUCACUGGCAGUUCGGCAGAGCCAAAAAGCGAAAGCUGCGACGCCAAAAUCUGCAUAGUUGAGGACGUUCGGUUACCAGAAGUGGCGGAUAUUGGCCAUAUUGCGGUUGUAGUCGAUGAGAUGUGCGGCGUUGAAGAAGAGAUCACACAGAAACCCGUAUCGAAUGAGCAGGAAAAUUCCUCUAGCAAGGACGUACCAAGCGAUUUGAAGGAGCCAUCUACCCCAUCCCUCAGUUCUAACGUAUUCUACGCUCAACCCGACUCUACCAAAGUCGAUCACAACGAUACGGAGAAUGGGGUCAUUCUAGAAGCUGCCCUGAACUUACAAUCGGGCAGCGAUCUAGCACCACAUCCCCAGAGUGCCCCGAAUCGAAGUUAUCCUAAUCUGAGCCUCGAAGAAGAUGCCGUCGAGACUGCGCUGGGGCAAUUGCAUCAGACGGUGACUCCAGACGAAACGGUAGUGACCUCCACGUCGAACCGAGCGCGGAAGGCGGAAGACAAUUGUGCACCCACCAGCACGAGCCUCAGCCAUUUUCCCCUUCAGGCAGAGGAGCCGAUAAUUGAGAAAACUCGUCGGGAAACGGAUACAUCUGAUGACAGUCGGUCACAGGUUUCGAAAAUAUGGGAACUGGAGCCACCGUUGCCAGGCCAAGACAUCACCAUUGACGAAACGGUAGACGAUGGCUGUAUCCCUAACGAGGAGUUCUCAACAGUUACCAAACGCUGCUCUCUGGGUCAUACCGACUACCAGUUCGAGCAAAGAAACGAUGAGAUUAUCCUGCGCGUAAAGCGUCGCACACGACGCCGAGUUUCAAAACCUCUUGAUGUACAAGAGCCAAACCAGAAUAAUGAAUAAAAACCAAUAGAUAUAAGUUUAAAAACAUAAA